GUGGCCUCAGCACAGGCGCUGUGUGUAGCGUACGACAGUGGUGAAACGUGUGAAGAAUGUGCAGAGAAAACUAAAUUAUUGUGUUGUGUAUUGUGAAAAUGUUGAAAAACGAAAACGUAUUCCUGAAGCUAUGGCGUCUCCUCCGCACAUACAUCCUGACAGUGCCUCGCUUCGACCUGUUCCUGCAAGGAGCUCUCCUGAUCCUGAUUCUGCUGGAUCACAACGUCUAUAUUCUGCUGAAGAGAGACGCCGAUUCCGGCUAUCACCCUCAGUUGGUUGAAGACUGGGUGUUCCUAGGAGCAUCAGGUACAGAGUUCAUUCUCGGUGCUUUAAUAGCAUGGUCCGGUAGAAAACAGCGCCAGCUAGCGUUGUCCUUCUGGCUCGCCAUCACGGCUGCUUCCGCGUUGCUUGUACUGGCUUUCCCGUUCAACAAGGAAGUGUCCAAAGAUGUUGGUGUAUGCGGCAACGACACCCAAGUGUCAUCAGAGCCUGAUCCCAACAUCGUCGGACGCACCAUAAUGCUGGUCACCACUGCUGUGCUCUGCUGCCUGGUCAAGAUCUCCAUCUGGUCGCACGGCUUGACGUAUCUGGACGACCAUGAGCCUCAGAACGGACCUUACUUUUACGGAAUCCUGAUGUCGAUCAGUCUGUCUCUCGGCCUGUCUGGGCAGACGUGGCUGCUACCAGGCGGCUAUAGGGACGACUGGUGGGUGGCCCACCUCUCACUAGCGAUGCUGACUAUCAUGUUCGCCGCGUUGUUCACGUUGUUCCCGAGGAAGAUGCCGGAUUACGAGCCGCCAGAUAUGAUGGAUGACGAUGGAUUUCUGCCUAUGGUUAAAAGAGUCCUGGGCAACAAGGCAAUCUUUCUUCAGAUCGGAGCCCUUGCCUUCCUCAAUUCUGGUCUUUUCGGCUUCGUGGACUACAACCAAGCCUUUGUUCAAGCGCGAUUUCACAUAGAAUCCCUGAGGUCAGACCCUCGGAUACCAACAAUAGCGAGCAGCAUCUUCAGGCCGAUGGUCAUAAUUUUCUUCAUCAUGAUUUUCCGCGUCCGUUUCUCGGUGCGUCGGCGAGAUGGCGUGAAAGCCAACACGGCUGCCAGAGUGGGCGGGGUCGUGGCUAUUGUCACUGCUGUAUUCAUGGUCAUACUGGCGUUGCUGAGCUGCGGCAUUGAGGAUGUGGAGGGGUCGGGGGAGGAAUAUCAGCAGCCGAGCUGUAGCCAGCAAUGCGGUUGCAAUUCAGACCUUUACGGCUUCGCUCCUCUGUGUGACGUUGACUCGUCUACCACAUACUUCUCUCCGUGUCACGCCGGGUGCUCCGCUAGUGAAAACAUUGGAGGAUUGACGUUCUUCUCAAACUGCAGCUGUGGGAUUCAACGCGCUUUCAGAGGCGCUUGCAGCGUCAUGUCAUGUCAGACUACACAUGGUAUAUACCAGGCUUUAUUCACCAUUACUCUAGCUGUUGCAGGGUCGGCGCUGUUGAUGCAAGGCAUGGUGCUAGUACGCGCGGGGCGCCCCCGCGACAAGGCCAUGUCGGUGGGCGCGGGGUUCGCCGCGGUCGCGCUGUUGGCGCACGUGCUGGGACAUUUGCUGUACAUGUUCAUUAGUGAUAAGACCUGCAUGUACAGACACGACGGAGCGUGCCUUCUCCAUCGGCCGUCAAUUUGGUGGAUGCCGGCCGUUAGCGCCGUCAUGGCGGUUAUAUCUGGUAUAGUUAGCCUGGUGGCUAGCAAGGUUGCUUACACUGUUGAUGAGUUACACUGAAACUUAGCACUCCACUAUAUGUAUACAGGAUGAUUUUUUAUCCAGUGUCCAAAUUUAUGUAUUAUAUUCUUUGUCGAAAAUAAUAAGACGCGUAUUUUUUCGUUAUGUACCUCUCCAUACAAAAAAAUCGAAAUAAAGCGUGCUAAAGUUAUCCCAAAAGUGUUUACAAUAGUUGACACCGCGCGCCAUAAACACGGUAGGUAAGAUCACGCGCUUUCAAUCGCCCCGUCUCUCGUGGGCAUUGACCCCUUCCCUUCCAUUUCCAUUGACAAAAUACAUUUUUCGUAGUUGCUGUGUACAUAAGUUGCAAAUUUUCCCUUCAUACUUUCCGGGCUUAGGACCGUCAAAUUGCAAAAGGCUUUUAAUUACAUACUUAUUGGAUUCCAAUAAAAUUACCAAUAAGAAUAGGUAUGAGUAAAAACAAAAAAAAACCACGUGCAAUCAGGCGUAUUUUUUUUUCAAAUAAUCAAUGUAUUAAUGGUACUUAAUACCUAGAAAAAAUUUGGACACUGGAUAAAAAAUCACCCUGUAUAUUAACGCGGAACAGUUCGAACUUGAUUUGCUCGAUAUACAUUGUUGGUACUACAAAAAUUUUUUUGUUCUCUCCAAUUUUAUCAAUAACUUUCAUUAAGGCAAUGAGUGAAUGUAACAAAUGACGUUACGUUUAGUAACUUGUUAAUUAGUCAUAUUUUAAUUAAAAUCUUAGAUUAAAAUGAUUAUUGAAAUGUAAAAAUACUCAUGUGCAAAUCGAAUGUACAUAUCAUUGCUAUAUAAUAUCUUGAUGCAAUUAAAAAAUCGAGUAAGUACAGUCGGUGAUGGAUAAACCUGAGCUGUGGUAGCAAGUUACUUAGAUCAAAAAACUUCAAAAUUCUUUAUUCAGCUUGGGAUGAUAUAAGUACAUCAUGUAAUGACGUCAAAUAUUUAUUCCCAACUGAGUCUACCGCCGACUUCCAAAGCGCAGGUGAAGAAGAAACGGCGCAACAAACUUCACCGCAGCCGUUUCAAUAAGGGCGUUAAUUAACACUUGUGGAUCUUGGUGGGGGGGUCAGGUUUAUCUGAACCCGACUGUACCUUUUUAGUAUAUAAAUUGAUAAUAAUUCAUAACUUGAUGUAAUUUUAAAUACUACCCCGACUGCGGCUAUACUACGAAGUGCUUUUGUAAAAUAUUAAUUUAAUUUACUUACAUUUUUUUAUGAACGCAAAUAAUUUUAGGUUAGUAUAAGUAUUUAUUAUACAUUUUUAUAUUUAGCUAUAAAGUGAUUGGAUCAAAAAUAAAUAAUUAGCACAAUAAAAAAACACGCUUAUUAUAUCAUAUAUACAUUAUAUUUACUAUUUUCUAAAUUAAAGAAAAAGUGGAAUAAAAAAG